AUGGCCAUGUUUGACAGACAGGGGAUUCCGGAGUCUAUUCUGUACGAUGACAGAGGUAAGCUGCAGUUUGAGGAUGCGGUGGCGCCAUUGACAAGUUUGUCUCUGAUUAAGCUUCAGAGUACGAAGCAGCCAGAGCAGCAGGUCGGGGAGCAUCUGUUUGAGAUGCACGACUUGGUGCAGCUGGCGACGAGGAAGUGGCUGGAAGUACAUAUGCAGGUGGGCAGGUGGGAGAAGGCGUCGCUGCGGAUUAUGGCUGCUGCUUUCCCAAGCGGGAAGCACGAGACAUGGGCGGCUUGUCAAGUGCUCCUUCCGCACGCACGAAAGGUGCUUGGCUACGUUUUAGAAGAGACGAACGCAACACUGGAUCGAUCGAGGAUUGCAGAUAACACAGUAUGGUAUCUUUUCCUUGUAGGGGAGUAUGCAGCAGCGGAGAAGAUUGGGCGGACUGCAGUAGUGGGGAGGGAGGAGCAAGCUUGGGUCCUGUUGGAGAGGCAGGGCAAGUACGAAGAGGCGGAAGCGAUGCACCGGCGAGCUCUGGAAGGAAGGGAGAAGGUCCUUGGAGUAGAGCAGCCGCACACGCUUACCAGCAUGGCCAACCUGGCCUUUGUGGAGUCAAAGAUAGUGGAAGGAGGCUGA